ACAACAGAUAGGACCGCUGUUUGAAACAGUUUUGUCUAGCAAAAUAUAAUCACUGUGCAACAAACAUUCAGGUCUUUUUGGGGUCAUGGUGCGCAACGUGUAUCAAGUGGUGGUCAUCUAUGGUCAGCAUUCGAUGCUUUGUUUUUGUCAAUUCUGAAGGAAUAGAGAACUUUCGUCGUGAAUGAUUUGAUUGAGGAUGUUUCAACACGAAAAAUUAACUUGUUAGUAGUCAACUGCUAAUCAACGUAGAGGAUACAUCAGUCAUGGUUUGAAAAUCCCCAUUCGAUUGUCACUGGAUCAAUAAGGUUUCUAUUUGAGUUAAUCUAGAAUAGUGAUUCAGACGAUUGUACUCGGCGUCUGAAAAUGGCGAAUCCGUUGGUAACUGAUAAAACUCCAAUGGAUAGCGGAAGUGAUACUCCUAUUGCCAACAUCUUAUCAUAUUCAGCAUCCUCUGGGACGCUAAUGUUACCAGACGUUUACGGAGAGAGCGUAGUCAUCGAACAACUGAGAUCAGAUACCCUCUAUCGACACUUUCUGGACGAUGAUUUUGACGCAAAAUCUGUGGCUGCUAAAGCUGUCGAAAACUUAGCGAUCACGGAUCAUCUUGCCAAGAUUUCGGCAGGAAUAUCAUUGGUGGAGCGUGAGAUUCGUCACGAGGUCGGCGAUAAAUACGAUGAACUACUAAGUCAUGCUACCGAUAUUGAGGGACUCGAAAAAAGCCUGCAAGAUACAUUUAGUUCAGUGAAAGCUUUAAAGGUGGUCGGCGAUCGUGUUCAAUCACGGAUGUCUGAAUGCUACGAGAAAGUUGAACAACACACAUUGAUGCUUGCUAGGUUACAUGAUACCUGUGAACUAGCCAGGAGUGUUGCAAGACUGGCCGGUGUCUGUCGACAAUUACGACAAAACAAUUCCAAACAGACCAAGGAUAUGAUGAAAAGCUCCCAACUGAUCUCUGAAGUGUAUUACCUUCUUGCUAAUGUGGGGGAAGGUAUACACUCAAUUAAUGCAGUGCGACCACAUCUCACGUUUGUAAGCGAAUUCCGCGUGGAUCUCGUUCGUCAGUGUCAAGCACUCCUCGAGACCUCUCUGGAGUCUCAGAACUUUGCACAGAUGACCAUUGCUUUGCAGUCAUUCCACAACAUGGGAAUUCUUUUACAGCAGUUGGAUGCUUUACUUACGGCUUGCAAAGAACGCCUUACCAAAGCUACUAAAGAAGCUCUUGAUGUACACAGACUGAGUCAGUCUCCAGAACAGGCGACGUCCGGUGGAAAUAGAUCGUUGCCGGGACGAGCUAGUUUAGGAGGUGGUGCGGCAUUUAGAGGCAAUCUGUGGGCAUCGAUUGAGUCACUGUUGGGAUCUGUCGGGACGCAAUUGACACAGGUGGUUGGAUUCGAAGCUGUUAUGGCUAAACGAAAAGAUACUAAUAGUCACAACACGUUUGCUCAAAUUAUUCAGCAACAACGGAAGCGGAAGUCGGUAAACGGCGAUGCUUCUGAUAACAACGAUGAUGCCGACGUUUUUAAUAAUGACGAUUCAGUAAAGUCGGGAUGCGGCCUGGUAGAGUCGUUGUGGCUGGAGCUAGCGCUGAUGCUUUCCCGAGAACUAAUUGCAGCAUCUGCGCAGUCGACAUUUGUGAGACAGGCAUUUGAGGGUGAAUACCCAAAAUUGAUAAAAAUGUUCACUACAAAACUUGAAGGAGUUGACCUGACGAAGUUGAACUUGGAAUCGCUUGAAACAGCGUACGUGUCCCGGUCUCUGUCGCGUUUGCUCGACUGUGCAAACCUUUGCCUGACGAAUACGCCACCACUUCAGGAUGACGUUGUUGCUGUCGUUAAUGUAAUUAUGUCUGAGAUACGGGUGACUGAAUCCGUCGGUGAUGUACAGCUGUUGCGCAAGGUAUCACGGAACGUAGCUCAAACUGUGGUUCAGUUGGCAUCACGUUCUGAACAGACAGUGAUUAGCGCAGAAGUUCCUGAGGCCAUACAGGUCAUUGGACCAGCAAAUUUGACGCAGAAAAACAACGGGAUGGCUCUUCAGUUAUUGCACAUAUUCAGUGUGCAAGUGUCAUCGUUUCUCGCUAGCCUGAAUUGCGAUGCUACAGCAGUGUCCGUGAUGGCCUCAUCGUUGAAACAGAUCGAUGCUACAAUUUCGUCUUGUCUUUCACCGCUAUUUGGAGCCGUCGGAGGCGCAAUCGAAGCAAUCUUAUUAACGAUGCAUGAAGAGAAGUAUGACCAGCCUGCAACGUCCUCUGGAAAGGAAGUGCAAUGCUCACUGUAUAUGCGCGAGUUAAAUGGUUUUCUACAGAGAGUACUAACAGAGUAUCUGACUUUGUUUCCACCAAAUGCCACCGUACAAGGCAUUGUCCGAGAGAUGGGGUCUCGUACGAUCGAGCUAUUUUUCCGAUUCGUCAGCCUUGUGCGACCAGUUAACGAUGGAGGGUGUUUACGUUUGGCCGCGGACUGUACCCAACUAGAAGCGAGUUUGACUCCGUUAAAGCCCGAGGCUCGCGAAGAUGCAUUUGCACGUCGAUCACGAGCGCUUCGUGCUUUCAGGCCGUUACUUCUUCUUCCUGCGGAACAAAUUGCCCAGGCACACGCAGUCGGUCCUGUUAUCCCCUAUUCAACGAUUCUGCAAUUUUUUUUUUCUAGGGCUCCAUCAGAAAUGAAGUCACCACAUGAUGCUGCAUCAUGGUCGCUUCAACGCUACUCACAGUGGUUAGAUCAACACCCGUCCGAAAAGGAUCGGCUGGUGCUUAUCAGAGGCACACUUGAUUCGUACCUGCGAUGGGUGAGGCAUAAUGGCGUCAAAGAGUUUCCUGCAAUUUACAUUGUCAUCAAUGACCUGCUCUGCAAAGCUGUUGUAAAUUGCGUUUGAUGGAGUCGAUUGACGUGAAACCAUUGAUAGAAAAAUGUUCUAUAAAUA